AUGGACAACAAAAAGCCACUUGUUUGAAAUAAAAUUUUUUUGUGUUUUAUUACUGAAUUUAUUUUUAAACUCAGCAAAAUUAAAUAUUAAAAUACAAAUAUCGGAUUUUCAAAAAUAACUCUACGAUAACUAUAACACAAACUCAUAAUUAACAAAAAAUUUCGCUAAUCCGUGUCGGAAAUUAACUUGGUAUACGACACCAACUAAAAUUGGCGGAAUCAUUUACGUUCAUCAACACACAUACAACAGCUACAAUAACAACAACAACAACAACAACAAACCAACAUAUUUGAACUAAUUUCACCAUUUAACAUAAACGUGAAAAGUUCACGAACUUCAUAUCAUCAUGAAUUUAAUGUUUCGUAAGAAUUUUCGCGAGGGAGGUGGUGGUAAAUCCGGUGGCGGCGGUGGUAAGCUGCAAUCAAAAGCUAAUCGUACAAAGCGUUCUAGAGAUUUGGGCCUCUCCACUCAAACCGAUGACAUACACUAUCGAACUCAUUUAUUCUUUUCACCGAACCGUUCAGGUUACGAUAUGGGCGAAGAACGAUGUAGUGCUUUCUCUGGUGCUUGCACACAAUUAUCGACUACCGCAACAUCCCUUCCACUGCCACCUUUACCUCAUGAAGUGGAUGCACCACAGCCCUUAGUUGAUCGUAAACCGUCCGUAUCUGUCUUAAGAUGGAACAAUGUUAGCGUUAGAACGCGGAAUGAACAUUUUGCCACACCCAUUUUAAACAGUACUUCAUCAACUAUAAUGGCACCAACAACAAAUGCUGUCAGGCAAGUGAGUUUCGGAGGUAAUGCCAGUAAUAAUACUACUGCGACCGGUACAACACGUACAGAACCAAUUUCAUUGGCGACAUUAGAUCGUGAUUGUUUUAUUAUACCAGUUAAUAGUGUAGAUCGAUUUCUGCCCGAAGGUAUACCGUUGCCGCCCCCGCCAGCUGAUGGUAACACAAAACCUGCCAGUCCAUUAAGUGUAUUAGAAGUUUCUGAUCCGAAACUGUGUAUACUAGUACAUUUAAUGAGUCCAUUAGAACCAAUUGAUCCAGUUUUGGAAUCGCCUCUAUCUCAUCCGUUAUUGAAACAGAGAUCUGUCGCAAUUGAACUUCUGAAUGAGGUACAACAAGCAAAUAAUGCUGUUGGUGGUAUGUUAUUAGCAAAUAUGGAAAAAAGUGCUGAUUUUCCCUUCAUUGCAUAUUAUGUUAUUAACUCCACACUAACGGAUCCGUCAAACUUUUAUACAGGUAUAAGAGUUUCAUCGCUUUCAAAAUUCGAACCAAAAACGUUAAAAUACACUGCCGCUCAUACAUUGGACUUAUAUAGUGAAGUUGCUGCCAUUUGUCGUCCUCCAUUGGUGUUGGUGUCAAAUGAAAGCGGUAGUUUUAAGAAAACACAAACUCCAGCCACUGGCUACAUCAUCAGUGUGUUCAAGGUUUUUGAGGGCGAUGAUGGUGAACGUUUCGAAAAGAAUUGGCUGUACUGGACUGGCGCACGUACGCUUUACAGAUAUUUGCCGCGAACUGCAGGACUACGUCGAAUAGCGCUGCAUAAGAGCACAGCACAAAAGGGCGAUAAAAUGUAUCUUUUGGUAUGUGAAUGCGCUGAAUUACUAAAGGACAUCACAUCAGCUGCUGUUUUGAUUCCAGCAUUGCGAGCUCGCCUAUGUGGCUAUACAGGACUUUAUAGACCAAUCCAAGCAUUUUAGUACUGAACAUAAAUGAUGUAAAAGAAAACAAAUUAUUUGCAAGGAUGAUGUGAACUGAAAUGUGUUUAUU